CAGAGAUGUAGAGGUCGGGCUGGGGGGGAAAGGAAAGGCAGAGACCGGGCUGUGUUAUGCAGAAGAAGCUCAGCACUUCCCUGCGGAUAUUACACUCGAGACUGCAAGAAAUGCACAACAAACGUGAGCUGUUUUCCGAAUCCCAGAGGCUUGCUGCUGAGGAAGAGGAGGAGGAGGAGUGGUCGCUGACGGGGAACACCAUGCACUUUUAGAUCCACGUCGCUGCCUUUGAACGCAACGCGCAGCAUUAUCGCAGGCAGUCAGCCAAGCCAAAAGCCUCAAGUGCGUCUCAUCUUUCCAACUUGUGUCGAAGCUGGAGAUGAUUCACGGCUGAUCGUUGCUCAACUACCUGGAGAGGACUGCGGACGGACUGCCCAAAACGCUGCAUUGUGACAACCGAGACGCCGAUUCCACCCUGACGUUUGCACAAUCCGCCUUCCCCAAAAUGUCAUCUCAGGGGAAAGUCAAGAAGGACAAAGAGAUUAUUGCCGAAUAUGAGACCCAAGUGAAAGAGAUCCGUAACCAGCUGGUGGAGCAGUUCCGCUGUCUGGAGCAGCAGUCCGAGUCCCGUCUGCAGCUGCUGCAAGACCUACAGGAGUUCUUCCGCCGAAAGGCCGAGCUCCAACUUGAGUAUUCCAGAGGGCUGGAUAAACUGGCCGAGCGCUACUCGGCCAAGAUCCGCACCUCUAGAGAGCACCAGCACUUCAAAAAAGACCAAAAUCUCCUCUCCACUGUGAACUGCUGGUACUUGGUCUUGGAUCAGACCCGACGAGAAAGCAGGGACCACGCCACUCUCAGCGACAUCUACAACAACAACGUCAUUGUCCGUCUGGCGCACGUCGGUGAGGAUGUCAUCAGACUUUUCAAAAAGAGUAAAGACAUCGGUGUGCAGAUGCACGAAGAGUUAGUGAAAGUCACCAAUGAGCUCUACACCGUGAUGAAGACGUACCACAUGUACCACACCGAGAGCCUCAGUGCUGAGAGCAAGCUGAAGGAGGCAGAGAAACAGGAAGAGAAGCAUAUCGGCAAGGCUAACGACAUCAGCACCAGCCUGCUGCGUUACGGUCACGAUGAACGUCCACAGCGGCGAAGUUCUGUAAAGAAGAUGGAAAAAUUAAAGGAAAAGAGACAAGCCAAGUACUCUGAAAACAAGCUGAAGUGCACGAAGGCCCGAAACGACUAUCUUCUCAAUCUGGCAGCUACUAAUGCCCUCGUGGCCAAAUACUACAUCCACGAUGUCUCAGACAUGAUAGAUUGUUGUGACUUGGGGUAUCAUGCGAGCCUGGCGCGCUGCAUGAGGACGUACCUGUCUGCAGAAUAUAGUCUGGAAACCUCUCGCCACGAGGGUUUAGACAUACUGGAGGGAGCGGUAGACUCCUUGGACAUCAGAGGAGACAAGCUGAAGUUCAUGGACACACACAGCCAGAUCUUCUGUCCACCAGCACGGUUUGACUAUCAGCCACACAUGGGGGAUGAGGUUUGUCAAGUGAGUGCACAGCAGCCUGUCCAGACAGAGCUCUUAAUGCGUUACCACCAGCUGCAGUCUCGCCUCGCCACCUUGAAGAUAGAAAACGAAGAGGUGAGGAAGACUCUUGAUGCCACCAUGCAGACCAUUCAAGACAUGCUCACUGUGGAGGACUUUGAUGUCUCAGAUGCUUUCCAGCAUAGCCAGUCCACAGAGUCGGUCAAAUCAGCUUCCUCUGACUCCUAUAUGAGCAAGGCAAACAUUUGUAAGAGGCGAGCCAACCAGCAAGAAACUGAGGGUUUCUACUUUACUAAAUACAAAGAGUACUUGAAUGGAAGUAAUCUCAUUGUCAAGCUGCAGGCUAAGCAUGACCUUCUGAAGCAGACGCUUGGAGAAGGGGAGAGGGCUGAUUAUGGAACAACAAGGCCCCCCACUCUUCCCCCUAAGCCCCAGAGAAUGCGGAAGUGUAGACCUCAGUCCAUUUUUAACCGUAAGCUGUUUAACGGCAAUAUGGAGGCCUUCAUUCAGGAUUCAGGACAGACAAUACCAGUGGUGGUUGAGAGCUGCGUUCGGUACAUCAAUCUGUAUGGGCUUCAGCAGCAAGGUAUAUUUCGGGUUCCAGGAUCACAGGUCGAAGUCAAUGAUAUUAAGAACGCAUUUGAAAGAGGAGAGGACCCACUGAUGGAUGAUCAGGCUGAUCAUGACAUCAACUCCGUGGCAGGCGUCCUUAAGCUCUACUUCCGUGGCCUGGAAAACCCACUGUUCCCUAAAGAGCAUUUCCUCGAGAUCAUAUCCACCACCAAAAUGGACUCUCUCGCUGAAAGAGCUCAUCAUAUCCAGAAGAUAAUUGCGACUCUUCAGCGGCCGGUCAUCAUCGUCAUGAGAUAUCUGUUUGCCUUUUUAAACCAUCUUUCUCAGUAUAGUGAUGAGAACAUGAUGGACCCCUACAACCUGGCUAUCUGCUUUGGCCCGACACUGAUGCCCAUACCAGAUGAGCAAGAUCCUGUGUCCUGCCAAGCACAUGUCAAUGAGGUCAUUAAGACAAUUAUCAUCCAGCAUGAGGCCAUCUUCCCAACCCUGCGAGAGCUGGAGGGACCAGUUUAUGAAAAGUGCAUGGCAGGAGGGGAAGAAUACUGUGAAAGCCCUCACAGUGAGCCAGGAGCGCUUGAUGAGAUAGACAAUGGCACUGGACCGAACACGAGUGACGAAGAGUUGGAGCAGAUUGAGGCCAUCGCCAAAUUUGACUACGUGGGCCGAAGUCAAAGGGAGCUGUCCUUUAAGAAAGGAGCCUCCCUGCUGCUUUACCUGCGAGCUUCUGAGGACUGGUGGGAGGGUAGACACAACGGUGUGGAUGGGCUCAUCCCACACCAGUACAUAGUGGUGCAAGACAUGGAUGAUGCAUUCUCAGACAGCAUUCAGAGGACCGACAGCGAGACCAGCAGCGGACCGCACCACAACGAAAGAAGCUCUUCCAGGAAUGAGCAUCAGUCCCCUUGUGAGCACACAUCUGAGAGCCGUUUUGGAGCAGCGCUAGGAAGGGUGAGGGUGCGGUCAGAUGGAGCUGUAGUCCCACGUCACAGGAAUGGUGAGGACAGUCUCAGCCCCACCAGAGCCGCCGAUCAGCCCCCCAGGGUGAUGCCUCGACCCUGCAGCCCACACAAAGUAGCUCUCAGUCGGCUCCAGGCAGACAGUCCGGAGAAGCGGCGUCUCACCACGUUCGGCAGCGCUGGCUGCAUCAGCCACCCCGACAGGAAGGCUUUUGUCGAUAGCCACUCCCAACGAUCGUCUCCAAGCACCAUUCGGCAUGGAAGUUUAGGGGACCACAAAGCUCUGGAGGCCGAGGCACUCGCUGAGGACAUAGAAAAAACAAUGAAUACAGCUCUGCACGAACUGCGUGAGCUUGAGAGGCAGAAUGUAGCCAAACACGCUCCCGAUGUCGUUCUCGACACUUUGGAGCCCCUCAAACACCCCGGCGGAGCCCAGGAUAUGUCGGCUAGCCCUCUGCACACCAUGGUGAUCCGAGACCCAGAUGCAGUCCAGCGACGUAGCAGCAGCAGCUCCUCCUCGGAGACCAUGACCACCUUUAAACCCUCUCUGUCAGGGCGUAGACCGAGUGCACCUUUAAGGCCUCCGCCCGUCAGACCUGUCCGGCCGGCCCCUGUGAUUGGACAGGGACCGCAUCGCUCCAGCAGCUCUAGUUCCUCUGGCCUGGGCAGCCCAGGCAUCACCCCCACUGAACGGAUGUUUCCCAAAGCGCCCUCCCCAUCACUAUCCACUUCCUCCUCCUCUUCCGACAAACAAGGUAAUAUGUAGCUCCCAUCAGUCAGCAGCCAACGAGCUGAAGACUACUGCGGGAACUGACUGACUGUGAUUACCAUCGCACCUUUACACGUCCUGUUAAUUGGAAAACAAACAGAAACAUCCGGGGCCUGAUGCAUAAAACCGUGUGCAUUCAUAAAGGCAGAAAUGUGUUUUUGCCAGAUUUAUAGACUUGUGCGUGUAUCUGUUUUAUAUGUUUUAUAAAUUGUGGUGAAAUUGUAAGCAUGUGCACAAACUUGGAAUUUCUACUCACAUCUUUAGUCAUGAACGGAUGUCAACACUCCCUAAUUUAACAUUUGCAUAUAAAAACAUAAUCCCCAGCACAGUUUUAUAGGCAUGACGAUGGCAGCAAAUUGAAGUAAAUGUGAAUUUUAUUUAGUGAUCUUCACUUUGGAAUCAUGACUGGAGGAGGUCCAGAACAAAGGUUGCUGCAGAGA